AUGCCCAGAGUAGCGGAAAUGAGCAAUCGAAGUGAUGAAAAAAAGAUAGUGGAACAACAUUCUGCGACUGAUGAACCUUCUCUCAAGUAUGGUUCACUAUUCAUAGACUGCCUGCAGAUGGAGGGUGACAGACCGGAUGUUCUGUCGUUUGAAUGUUAUUCGUGUGAACCGGACAUCGAAACAUACUCCCAUCGUCAGUUACAUCACAUACAACCAAUGAAAUUACUUUAUCAUCUCACCGAUCAUACAAUAUCUCUCAUUGAACCACAUGUUCCAAACAAUAGCAUUUUGCAGAGUCGUACUUUUACUCAUCAGAGAGUACCGAAAUUAAAUUAUGGUCAGAAGUUUUUGCAUUGGUCAGAUUUAAAUGUUGCCAAAGAUAUUCAUCUGUUCUCGGGAACGUACAGAAUUACUGCCUGUGAUCAUCACACCAGGGAUUUUUUAACAAAAAAAGGAAUUGAGGUUAAUGAAGAAGAGGAAAUUCCGAUGGACCCGUGGACUCGAAAUCAAGAGCAGCACCAAUCUUCGAGUAAAAAUAAAGAAAGCAUAGAAGAAAAAUCCGAAAGCAAUUUUGAAAAGAUAGAUUAUUCGGAUGCGCCAGCAAAGUUGCACUUGUUAGCCUGUUGGUUAGAUGGUACUUCUAUUCGGACAUUUCAUAUGGUAGUACAUACAAUCGACGACACUGCUACGCUAGUAGAAAGCACUCGUGGGUUUAAAGGACAACUUUUUCUCAAAAGGAACAAACUUCCUUUCAUCAAAAAAGAUGUUCGACAGUUCUAUCGCAGCAGUGAGAUACGUCCCGGCCUAUGGGUAGAAGUUUAUACCAGGCCAAUGUUUAUUUUUAGUUGUGAAGGUCCAGAAACACGUAACUUCCUGAAACGUUUUGGACCCAUUGAUUUUGAAGAUUACGAAAAAACUCUUGUAAAUGGACCACCGCCUGAAGAAAUUGGAAACAUACCGUUGCAGAUGAAAUUCAUUGCUCUAAUGGAGGGAGGAAAAGGGUUGUUCGAAGAUAUAAAAUUUUUGAUAACGUUUCAUGUCAGUAAAGAGAGGUUGGACAUUGCUGAAGCUCUAACGGGUCAAAAGUGGUGUCGUGGGCGAACGUUUAUCAAAGGCAUCAAUUGCAGCAGAUAUGACAUGGAUAAAUAUAAAAUUGGUUCUAUCCUGAAAGUUUAUCGGUGGAACUUCCGUUUGCUGGAAGCUGACGAUAUAACACGACAAUAUUUACUCUCAAAAGAAAGCCAACAAUUGCAGCAAAAUAAAAUUCACCAAAUUCAACAAUUGGUUGUAUAA